CACAGCUCACAGGCACUGAGUCAGUGUAGGAGGAAGUCAAAGCGAGAUGGGUCUCCUUAUAAUUCUCCUCCUCACUUGCUUAUCUGCUGCUGCUGAGCGGAUUCCUAAGUUUCUGAUCACCGCUCCCAGUGAGGUCCACGUUGGCCAGAACGAGACGAUCACCGUACAGGUCUUCGAGUGGUCUUCCGAUGUUUCGAUCUCCGUGCACUUUGAGGAGCAGAUCACAAAUGCCGCCUUGUCUCGGGUGUACUCAACAAACCUCAGUCGAGAGAACAACUUCACCCAAAUAGUCCACAUGCAGAUCCUUCCAAAGGAGGCCCUUCACCUGAACCUGAACGAGGAACAGUAUGUCAGGAUUGUCGCUGAGAUUCCACCAUUCCUCAAGACAAAAACAGCUUCAAUCCGCCUCAAAUCCAGACCUUAUUUCAUUUAUAUAGCGACUGAUAAACCUGUAUACGCUCCUGCCGAGACUGGUAAAUAACAGAGCCUUGGAAAG